UCGACGAAACUGCUCAAAAUUGACUUUUGUCACAGAAAACACGGAGCGAGAUGCGACUGGUACGCAUCAUGGCGCUUCGCCAGCGUCUGGCUGACAAGCUGGUGAUGCCGGAGCGGCUGAAGGACACGCUCGUGGAGAAGUGGAUAAAGUGCUGGAGCGGCCUGGUGCGCGACUACACUGAGGUGGCGGUUGGAGCAGUGCGCGAGUCCUACGCCCAUCCCAAGUGGGCGCUGGCCUAUGGCACUGGACUGGCUCUGCUCUACCAGACCGUGGUCAACAAUCCCGGCGAGGAGUACUUUAUGACGCAGCUGCGGCGGAACACCAACCUUAUGAUCACGGUGGCGCCUGAUCAGCAGAAUCCCGUUUCCGCGGAAUAUCUGCUCAUGUUGGAGCGAGCCAUCAACCAGAAGAAGCUCCGUCUGCUCUCACUGGGCAUCUGUACGCUGCUCUGGGUGGAUCUGUUUGACGAGGACGACUGCACAUAUCCGGCCAUCUGUGAAUACACCAAGGUGGGCUUCCUCAACUUCCACGAGCGCGUUAUCGACGUGGGCUUCUGGAAAAAGUACUGGCGGCUCAAUUGGAAGAUGCGCAACUACGAUGUUAAUUACUUGUAAGGGAUUCGGAUAUGGAUUAGCCGCUGAUCGAUCUUUCUCUUCCCUGGAGCUAGCUUAAGUUACUAAACCCCUAAGAUGCUUUUGCGCUCUUUUUAUUCCAAAAUACAUUAUACAUAUCUCUCCGUU